AUGUGCGACGUCAGGGAGACUAAGAGCCGCAAGACACUGAAGUGUGCUUGGUUGCCGUUGCCUAUGGAAGAAGAACCUUCUCUCGAACUGGUCAAUGACGGCGGACUGCUCUACGAUAUACCCGCAUCCGAAUUGAAGCUAGUACAGACCUUCAACGAGGGAGACAUCAUCAUCUACAAGAACUGGAUCGGCCGCAUAAAGGACUGCUUUGACGAAGUCACUGUUCGUCUGACCGACAAUGGCGUCGUAGCUAUCGCAGAUGAGGGCAAGCUUGAACCCAUGAGCGGUGAUCCUGAGGAGAGAUUUGCUGUUGGAUCACUGGUCCGGACGAAGAAGGGUGUUCUCAGGACAGGCAGAUGGAUCUUCGGGACAUACUCUCCAAACACACCUCCUAUCGGUGUCGUUGUCGAUGUUCGUACCAAAGAGUGUCAGGUCGACUGGUUACAUCCUCGCAUGGAGAGAGCCAGUGAGUUCCCAAUCUGGAGUAGUGCUCCCGAAGGUGUUCUCGGGCCCGACGAGCUAGAAAGCAACGAAGUCCGCCUGUACGACAUCUCAAACAUGCCAAAAGAACCUAGCUCAACCAGAUCGCGCUCGGAUCCAGAGCUUCAGGGUGGACUGCGUGUACGGUUCAAGGACCUUUCUGCAGCCUGUACUAAGUACGAUGGAUCCAGAGCUCAUGGAAAACUCGAGAAGCUUGACCGCACACAAAGUCUUGGUUACGAUCUGAACGUCUUCACCAUUACCAGCACUACUACAGAAGUCGAUGUUCUCUGGAGCGACGACUUGACCACAGAGACAGUACGAACAACUUCGAUCAUCCCAGAUCCCUCAAUCGAUGACGAAGACGCAGUGUUUCCCGGCGAAGUCAUUUGCACAAACGAGACGAGAGAUGCUCCACCCGAAGCUAUGACCUCAUGGGCCACAACACCGGCUCGUGUUGGCAUUGCCAACAGAGUUAACAUUAAGGAUCGAAUAGCUCAUGUUACAUGGUUCCAAAACUCCACACUGUCAUUCUGCGAUAAGAGCAUGGAUCUGCUCGUCCCCAACACAAAACUCGGAACUCUGGAUGAGGAACAAGAGGAAGUUAGUUUCUAUGACAUACGGGCACCAAAGAGUGUCAACCGUAACCGAGGAGACUACGUUCUACUGCUCAAGGUACCAAGUCUUCCACAGACUGAGCCCAACAGCGUCAAUUGGUUCGGCGAGGUCGUGGAUAUAGGCAGAAAUGGCAAAUGCACUGUAAGACUGGGCGCAGCCGAGCCAGUACAAGAGGUCGAGUGUGAGAUCACAGACACAGCGCCUGCCAUGAAUUUGGACGCAGAGGACAAUCCUCUUGUUGUUGGCGGUGAUGAAAACGGCGAGUUCCUCAGCGAUGGAAGCGAAGACGUUGACUUCGACAUGGAAGACUUCUCCGGGUCAGAAGAAGAAGAGGAGGAAAUCUGGUUCGAAGACGGGCAAGAUGUUCCAAUCGACGACGCCNNGAUGACUCAUGGAGCACAGAAGACGAAGACAACGACGAUUCAGACGCAAUGUCAACACAAGAUGAUACGCCAGCAACAGAACCAGUGCCCGCUUCAGCACCGAUCAUGCCCUCAACACAAGCAGCACAGAGCGGUAGUNGCUGCCGAUAAAUCGGAUCAAAUGAUGAAUAAUGCACCCGUAGAAGAUCUGCAUCUGUCCUCGUUACCGAAUGCGCCUGCAGCUUAUGAGAUCCUCGAAUCCGAGGUACCUUCGGGCCAUCAUUAUCUACUGCAAAGUGGUCCAACAUCCGCAAGCUACAUGAAGGGUGUGUCGAAGGAACACAAGAUUCUGAGCGCGCCUGGCGCACUCCCAGAAGGCGUCUAUGUACGAACUUGGGAAUCUAGAAUGGACCUGAUUAGGGUUUUGUUUGUCGGNCCCCUUGGUACGCCGUACGAGUAUGCGCCAUUCAUGAUUGACCUGCACCUGCCCUCUCAAUACCCAUACGAGCCCCCGAAGGCUUUCUUCCACAGCUGGACGGCAGAGGGCGCAGGCAUGUCUGGACGGGUCAAUCCGAACCUGUACGAGGAGGGAAAGAUCUGUCUCUCGCUACUGGGAACAUGGCAAGGCGAUCAGGCACGAAACGAGGCAUGGACACCACACCAAAGUACUGUGCUGCAAGUGCUGGUCAGCAUCCUGGGCCUUGUUCUGGUUCGCGAGCCCUACUACAACGAGGCAGGAUUUGAGCCGCUUCAAGGACUGUCGUCCAUCAACCAGAACAGCGUGGCUUACACAGAACGCACCUAUCUUCGUGCGAGAGCCUUUCUCAUUUCGCCAGUAAGUCGCCUAGGACGUGGCGAGAUAUCAGGCUUGGAAGGCCUCGAAAAUGUGCUGAGGUGGCUGUAUACUGAUGCUGAUGGUGCGAAAUUGUUGCCCAAAGCAAUCAACGCAGCACACACUAUACUCAGGAACAGCGAGGACGGUGCCAAGGUCGAGACUCGUGACGGACUGAGUGUGGUCAGUAGAGGAGCAGCGCUGCCUUUGAAGAGGGUUGUAGCCCGCAUGGAGCAGCUAGACCAGGAAGUGGCAUCACAACCCAAGGACUGA